AUGGUGGAAGGCGGGGAGUCCCCGACCUCGCCACUGAUGCAACACGGAAAAGAUUACGAUUUAAUCGUCAUUGGCGGCGGAUCCGGGGGUUUAGCGGCGGCGAAAGAAGCCGCGAAGCACGGGGCGAAAGUCGCGUGCUUUGAUUUCGUGAAACCGAGCGAAAGAGGGACGACGUGGGGCUUAGGCGGGACGUGCGUGAACGUCGGUUGUAUUCCGAAGAAGUUGAUGCACCAGGCAGGGAUUUUGGGAGAGUCGUUUUCCGAUGCGAACGCGUUUGGGUGGACCGUGGACGAGAAGCAAAAGCACGAUUGGGGGAAGAUGGUGACCGGGAUUCAAGAUCACAUCGGGUCUUUGAACUUUGGGUACCGAACGGCGUUGAGAGAGAAGAAGGUGGAUUAUAAGAACGAGUAUUGCUCCUUCGUAGACGCGAAUACCGUCAAAGGAGUGAACAAAAGAGGCGUGGAGAAGCAAUACACGUUCGAUAAGUGCGUCAUCGCGGUUGGUGGACGACCGAGUUAUUUGGACGUUCCAGGCGCUCGAGAGCUGUGCAUCACUUCGGACGACGUCUUUUCGUUGGAGAAUCCACCGGGGAAAACGUUGUGCGUCGGCGCGAGUUACAUCUCGCUGGAAACGGCUGGUUUUUUGACCGCACUUGGUUACGAUACGAGCGUUGUCGUGCGAUCGGUGUUUUUGAGAGGUUUCGAUGCGGAAAUUGCGAAGCAAAUCGUCGGCCACAUGGAACGUCACGGGACUCGAAUGAUUCGAGACACGACGCCGCAAAAGUUUGAAAAGACGGAAGACGGGAAAAUCAAAGUGGAGUUCAAAAACACCAUGUUUGGGAAUAAGUUCAAAGAAGAGUUCGACACGGUGGUCUUAGCAGUUGGGAGAGAUGCAGUGACCGAAGGGUUGAACUUGCCGGCGGCAGGUGUGGAGUUUAACCCGAAGAACGGGAAAAUCCCGUGCGUGGAUGAACAAACGAACGUUUCCCACAUUUACGCCAUCGGCGACGUGCUCGAUACGAGACAAGAGUUGACACCGGUCGCGAUUAAAGCUGGCGUCCGAUUGGCGCACAGAAUCUUCGGCGACGACGGUAAACCGAAACUGAAAAUGAACUACGACCUAGUGCCGACGACGGUGUUCACGCCGUUGGAGUACGGUUGCGUCGGUAUGUCCGAAGAGUUGGCGAAGGAGACGUACGGCGAGGAGAACAUCGAAUCGUUCUUGUCGUACUUCAAACCGCUCGAGUGGACCGUGAACCACGCGGCGCACGAUAAUGGGAACAUGCACAGAGAAGACAACGCGUGUUUCGCGAAAGUUGUCGUAAAUAAAGCGGACAGCGAUAGAGUUGUUGGUUUGCAUUAUCUUGGCCCGAAUGCCGGCGAGGUGACGCAAGGCUACGCGGUGGCGAUGAAAAUGAACAUGACGAAACAAGAUUUGGACGAUACGGUUGGGAUUCACCCGACGGUCUCCGAACAGUUCACGACCAUGUCCAUUACGCGUAGCAGCGGAGAGGAUCCGCAAUCUAAGGGUUGCUGA